UGGGGAAGGCGGGGAGGGAAGAGGUGAUAAAGGGAUAGUGUUCUGAGAUGAGAAGAAAGGGCCUGCAGCCCGGGUAAGCUCCGAGAUGCAUUCAUUCAUUCAGCCAGUGAGUGCCUCCCAUGGAUUGGGCACUGUGCUGGUCUCUCAACAAAACAGGCAAGGUUUUUACUCAGCUGGAACUUGCAUUUAGUAGGAGAGACAAAAAUAAAGUCUUUAAUAGGUGCUGAUAGGUAUUUUGAAAAGUAAAGCAGGGUAAAGGGAUUACAGGGUGUUGGCAGAUGUUCUUUUCAGAGUCAACAUCCAGGUCUCCCAUGGGCAUCUUGGUCAACUCCAGAGCCAGGAAUGGCCACCAGCGGUGACCCUUUGGAAUCCCUUGAUUAGGGAAUCUAAGAGUUUGACUUUGAUCUUAACCAAAGACUUUUCUCUUCACUGAGGUCUUGACUUCAACAGAAACAGGUCAGAUCUCUAGCCCUGUCCUUGAGACUCUGAGACUCGAACGUUAUUCUAAACGAUGGCUUCAUGUUACUGUCACCUUGGAAUGCUUUAUUUAAAAAAAAAAAAGCGGGGGGGGGUGGGUCAGACUCAAUCCCCAGAGAUUCUGAUUUAAUUGGUCUGGCAUACUGAACUGCCAUCAGCUGUGACUAUUUAUUAGCAAGCUCCCAAGAGACUAAUGUACGCACAGGGUUGAGAGCUACAGCUGAGUGCCUGCAGCCCAGGCUCCUUUGAGGCCUCUGGGAAUGAGAUAAAUUGAUUUGGGGAGUCAGGGGGAGGAUGCGAGUGACCUCUGCUUCGAUGUCUUAUCAAAAACAGUCCUCACAGCUGCACUUCCCUGCAGUAGGGGUAUUCCUAACCCCAUCCUGCGAGUGAGGAAACCUAAUGUGUUACCAGGCAAAGUGGGGAAAUGGCAGGCUAGACGUGCAUAUACAUAGCCUGUGUUCUUCCUGUAACAGCUGUGCCGAGGUCUUUGGAGAAAUUGCCUACAUAUGUCCCUGGCCUCUGGGGCUGGCAGGUUCAGGCCAGGAGUGAUCUUUGAAUAUUUGACGGCUGGUACAGCAAAAGCUGACUGGCCCAAAGGAGGCAAUGAGGCUGUGGCAGUGCAUUUAAUGGCUGGUUUUCAGUAUAUCAGGACCCUCCCCCAAUUCAAUACCCAGCACAGCCCCCCAGGCUCAAAGGGGAGCCAGGGAAGGAGGGGAAGUCCCCUCAGUUAUUUGCCUCAGAGGGGAGGCACAACCACGGUUCAGUAACUCUCUGAAGCACGUUCCCAUCCAGGUUCCAGCCGUCCUCACCUCAGGAGGACGUAGCUUUGUGCCUUUCAAAGCCCUUUCUCAUCUAUCAUCAGGGACUCAGAAGAUGAGCCAGGUUUACAGCCCUGCCUUGAUGCGAUGAGGAAGCUCAGGCCCGGAGAGGACACACAGAGUGUCUAAGUCCACACACAUAGCAGACGGCAGAGUUAAAUACUGAACCUAGACAGCCUGCUGCAGGCCCACACCCUUACCCAAGGAAAUGUACUGCCUCUUUCUAUAAACUCUGCCAUGCCCUGCCUUACCAGCUCUCUGCCCCUCUCUGAGCGUGGACCCUAAAGGAGGAGGAAAGGAUGCCCUCUGCACGGGGGAAAUCCAAAUCCAAGGCACCUAUAACAUUUGGGGACUUGGCCAUCUACUUUUCCCAGGAGGAGUGGGAAUGGCUGAGCCCCAUUCAGAAGGAUUUGUAUGAAGAUGUCAUGUUGGAGAAUUACCGGAACCUGGUCUCGCUUGGUCUUUCGUUUCGGAGACCAAAUGUGAUCACGUUAUUGGAGAAAGGGAAAGCGCCCUGGAUGGUAGAGCCAGUAAGAAGACGCCGGGCUCCUGACUCAGGGUCUAAGUGUGAGACCAAGAAGUUACCUCCAAAUCAAUGCAACAAAUCUGGGCAAAGCAUCUGCCAGAAACUAGUUUCUGCACAACAAAAAGCUCCUACACGAAAGAGUGGCUGCAACAAAAAUUCAGUCGUAAUAAAACCUAAGAAAGGGCAUUCAGGGAAGAAACCUUUAAAAUGUAAUGACUGUGGUAAAACCUUUAGUCGAAGCUUCUCUCUUAAACUUCAUCAGAACAUUCAUGCGGGAGAGAAGCCUUUUGAAUGCAGUAAUUGUAGAAAAGCUUUCAGACAGAUCUCAUCCCUCCUACUUCAUCAGAGAAUUCACAGUGGAAAGAAAAGCCAUGAAUGCGAUAAAUGUGGGGAAAGCUUCAAUCAAAGAACAACGCUUAUUCUACAUAGGAGAAUUCAUGAUAGAAAGGAAAUUCUUGACUGUGGGAAGGCCUUGAGUCAGUGUCAGUCUUUCAAUAUACAUCAGAAAAUUCACGUUGUUGGGAAUGUCUGCCAGUGCAGAAAGUGCGGGAAAGCCUUCAGUCAGAUGUCAUCCCUUUUACUUCAUAAGAAAAUUCACAAUGGAAAGAAAACACAUAAAUAUAAUAAAUGUGGGAGAGGCUUCAAAAAGAAAUCAGUCUUUGUUGUACAUAAAAGAAUUCAUACUGGAGAGAAAAUCCCUGAAAAUGCAAAGGCCUUAAGUCAGAGUCUACAGCAAAGAAGUCACCAUUUAGAGAAUCCUUAUAAAUGCAGAAAAUGUGGGAAAUUAUUUAAUAGGAUUUCACCCCUGAUGCUUCACCAGAGAAUUCACACUUCAGAGAAACCGUACAAAUGUGAUAAAUGUGACAAGCUCUUCAGGCGGCUUUCAACCCUUAUUCUGCAUCUAAGAAUUCAUAAUGGAGAAAAACUAUACAGAUGCAAUAAAUGUGAGAAGGUCUGCAAUCGGCAUUCAUCCCUUAUUCAACAUCAGAAAGUUCAUACAAAGAAAAAGAAACUAUUUGAGUGUAAAGAAUGUGGGAAGAUGUUUUCUGGAACUGCAAACCUUAAAAUACAUCAGAAUAUUCAUUCUGAAGAGAAACCUUUCAAAUGCAAUAAAUGCAGUAAAGUUUUUGGCCGCCAAUCAUUUCUUAUUGAACAUCAAAGAAUUCAUACUGGAGAAAAACCCUACCAGUGUGAGGAAUGUGGAAAAGCCUUCAGCCACCGAAUAUCUCUCACGCGACAUAAGAGAAUUCAUACUGAAGACAGACCCUAUGAAUGUGAUCAGUGUGGGAAGGCCUUCAGCCAGAGUGCACACCUUGCCCAACAUGAAAGAAUUCACACUGGAGAGAAGCCAUAUACAUGCAAAACAUGUGGUAAGGCCUUUAGUCAGCGCACAUCUCUUAUUCUACAUGAAAGAAGUCAUACUGGAGAGAAACCCUAUGAAUGUAAUGAAUGUGGGAAGGCAUUUAGCAGUGGCUCAGACCUUAUUCGACAUCAGAGAAGUCAUUCUUCAGAGAAACCUUAUGAAUGUAGUAAAUGUGGGAAGGCAUAUAGUCGGAGCUCAUCCCUGAUUCGACAUCAGAAUACACAUUCUGAAGAAAAAGCCUAAGGUUGUUUUAAAUCUAUAAAAUCAAUGAAUGAGGCUAUCAAAGAUAUGGCAAAUAUGUAUUUGUCUAUAAUGUAAAUUUUGUGUAUAUGGGACCAUUUGAUGAUAUGUCCCACUUUGAAAGCCAAAGAGCAAAAGUCAUUGGUGAUUUUGACCUCAGGAUUUGAAAUUAACUGAAGGAAACUUAGAAGUUUGGUCAGUCAUUGUGAAUGAAGAUCAUUUUUCAUUUCAUAGGAAUUACUGGCUGGGCACAGUGGCUUACACCUGUAACCCCAGCACUUUAGGAGGCUGAGACGGGUGGAUCACGAGGUCAAGAGUUUGAGACCAUGGUGAAACCCUGUCUCUACUAAAAAAUACAAAAUUAGCUGGGUGUGGUGGUGCGCACCUGUAAUCUCAGCUACUGGAGAGGCUGAGGCAGGAGAAUCACUUGAACCCAGGAGGUGGAGGUUGCACUGAGCAGAAAUUGUGCCACUGCACUCCAGUCUGGGCAACAGAGCAAGACUCUGUGUCAAAAAUAAUAAUAAUAAUAAUAAUAAUAAUAACAACUGAUAUUUUACUUCCAGCAUAGUUUUAAAGAUAAUUCAUUGGUCACAUACAACAAAGUAGAAUUGUGAAGUCCAUUAUAGGGCUCUGAGCCUGAUUUAAGGUCACAGAAGAAAGAAUUUGAGUCUGUUUCUCAGAUCUAGAAUUAUCAAAUAUAAGGAACUUCUUGGCAAAACAGGGUGCCACUUUCAGCCGACAAACUUGUGGGUGAGAAUAAAGAAAAGUGAGUCUUUAGGUAGAUAAAGUUGUCACUCAUAAUGGUGUAUAAUGGUAGAAACCUUACUGUACCAUCUCCAUGGAUAUGAGGAUAUAUGAUCUUCAUGGUGUGAACGUCUAACAUGGCUGAGACAAGCUAUCAGUAAAAGAACCAAGAUACAUGAAGAAUGAGGAUUUCAGAGCCAGGAGAAAUCAGUAUUGUUUUAUUUGGAAAUAAAUCAUCUAUAUUUAUAUGAGUAAACAUUGGUAUUUUCAUGUAACAAUACUGGUAUGCAAUAAGUGGUGUAAUAUGAGUUGUUAUGGACUGAAUGUGUCGCCCCCAAAAUUAAUUAUGUUAAAAUCCUCACCAUCAGUGUGAUGUUACUUGGAAAUGAGGCAUUUGGGAGGCAAUUAGGAUUAGAUGAAGUCAUGAGGCUUGGAGCCCUCAUGAUGGGAUUAGUGCCUUUAUAAGAAGAGACAUCAGGCUGGGCACGGUGGCUCACGCCUGUAAUCCCAGCACUUUGGGAGGCCAAGGCAAGUGGAUCAUGAGGUCAGGAGAUUGAGAUAAUCCUGGCUAACACGGUGAAACCCCAUCUCCACUAAAAAAAUAUAUAUAUAUACAAAAAAUUAGCCGGGCAUGGUGGCAUGUGCCUGUAGUCCCAGCUACUCGGGAGGCUGAAGGAGAAGAAUCGCUUGAACCCAGGAGUCAGAGGUUGCAGUGAGCCAAGAUCACGCCACUGCACUCCAGCCUGGGCAACAAAGCGAGACUACGUCUCAAAAAAAAAAAAAAAAAGAGACAUCAGAAAGCCUGCUUGCUGUCUGCACCAUGUGAAGAUGCAGCAAGAAGCCAGCUGUCUACAGAACAGGAAGAGAACCCUACAAGAACCUAACCAUGCUGCCGACCUGUUCUCAGACUUCCAGACUUCAGAACUGUGAGAAGUAAAUUGUUGUUUAAGCCACCCAGUCUAUGAUGUUUUGUUAUGGCAGCCCCAGCUAAUAUAUGGAGUGGAAACCCUAGAUUUAUAUACUGGGUUCUUUUCCUGUCAGCAGUUCAACAUGUGUAGUAGCUUUCAGUCUCUGCUGUUUGUGCCAAAUAUCUAAGAAAUAAAAUCAGAUAACAUUUUUGUAAUUGGAUCAUA